AAGUGAGGCUCAGGAGAACCCCUAUUAUCGUUUCGUUUGCAUUCUAUCAGAUGUUGAGCGCUGGGGAAGGGAGAACUGAGAGUUUGGAGGAAUUAGGGAAUUACAGAGACCAUUCGGCGCUGAGACUGAGAUGAGCUUCGUCAAAACGCAAAGAAGCUGCUCGGCAAUUCGUACCCUCUCUCCUUCUUCAUCCUCCAUUUCUCGCUGCGCUCAUAGCUCCUCCUCUGAUCAUGCAACGUGUGGAACGCCAACUUGGAUUGGCAAGGGAAUCACUUGCAUUUGCUUCAGGCGGAAGGGAACUUUUGAACAAAUUUGUAUCAACCUGACUCCUCAACAGGAAGAUAGGUUAAGAAGAUUGAAGCACCGCACGAAGGUCCACUUUGAUGGUUCAAGAAUAGACCACCAGGAGGCUCUAAGAGCUUUGUGGUCUGCAGCUUAUCCUGGCCAAGAGCUUCACGGGUUGGUAUCAGAUCAAUGGAAAGAAAUGGGAUGGCAGGGAAGAGAUCCAUCCACUGAUUUUAGAGGAGCUGGGUUUAUCUCUUUGGAGAAUUUGUUGUUCUUUGCAAAGACAUUCUCAACAUCUUUCCAACGUCUGUUGAACAAACAAGGAGGAAAGCCAGCUGCUUGGGAAUACCCCUUUGCUGUCGCUGGUGUAAAUAUCACAUUUAUGAUCAUGAAGAUGCUUGAUCUAGAUGCUUCAAAACCUAGGACUUUUAUCAGAUCAGUUUUCCUACAGAUGUUGUCAGAGAAUGAGUGGGCAUUUGAUUUGCUUUACUGUGUCGCGUUCGUAGCUAUGGACAAACAAUGGCUGGAGAGAAAUGCUACGUACAUGGAGUUCAAUGAUGUGUUGAAGUCUACGAGAGCUCAGUUGGAGAAAGAACUUGUAAUGGAGGAUGUAAUACGCAUAGAAGACAUGCCUUCCUACAACCUUCUCUUAACAUUAGAUUACAGGUAGCUGACACUGCUCAAAAACUAGUCAAUAAAUUUUAACUUGUACGUUCUCUCUCUCUCAAGGACAGGGUUAAAGUUGGAAAUAAAAAAUCAAUUAUUAUUAUUUUUGUUU